UUUUGUUUUCCUGAAUAUUAUUAAUACAAUUCAGUUUUUCUUUUCUUUUUUUACAUUCAAACGAAACAGAAGAAGUAAGAAAAGUUGAUUUUAAAUUUGAUGUUUAUUCGCGGGUUGACACUUGUGUAACAAACAUUGUGCAUUAAGGGUUGUUCUAAAGGAGUAAAUAUUUCCUGGUUAUUCGUCACUAAUAAUUACUAUGGUUCAGUUGCGGCGUCAGAUUUUAUCCUGUGGAAAUUAUUUAAAUCAACUUCAAUUUAAUGUCAAAUUCAAUUCAUCUUUGCAAAUUAGAGAUAAAAAAGUAAUACAACCAGAACGUUCUUUUAAGUAUGCAGAUCUGUUAGUCCGUCUAGCAGGACCAGAACAAUUACAACCAAAGCCUGAUGUAAGUGCUUUAUCAUUUGGUAAAUAUUUUUCAGAUCAUAUGUUAAAAAUAUUUUAUCAUGAAGCACUAGGGGGAUGGCAAAUACCAGAAAUUAUGCCCCUUGAAAAUCUAGUCCUUCAUCCAGCAUCAAAAGUACUACAUUAUGCUAUAGAGUUAUUUGAGGGUUUGAAAGCUUACAGAGGAGUAGAUGGCAAAAUAAGAAUAUUUAGACCAGACUUAAAUAUGGAACGAAUGAAUCGCUCAGCAAUAAGAAUUGGCUUACCUACUUUUAGUGGGGAGGAAUUAAUUAAAUGUUGUUGUAGAUUAGUUAGUAUUGAUCAGGAAUGGAUACCUCAUUCUACUGCUUCUAGUCUGUAUAUACGCCCAACACUCAUAGGAAUAGACCCCACUCUUGGUGUUGCAUCUUCAGAAUCUGCUUUACUCUAUGUUAUUUUAUCACCUGUGGGUUCUUAUUUUAAAAAAACAAAAGAAAAUGUCGGUAUAUCUUUACUAGCCGAUCCACAGUACACAAGAGCAUGGCCAGGUGGUUGCGGUAAUUACAAAGUAGGCAGCAAUUAUAGUCCUACAAUAUAUGUACAAAGCGAAGCUAUAGAAAAGGGAUUGCAGCAAGUAUUAUGGCUUUAUGGAAAGGACAAUGAAGUAACUGAAGCUGGGACUAUGAAUGUUUUUAUGUUUUUUAUAAAUGAUGAUGGUGAAAAAGAAUUAAUAACAGCACCUUUAUCAACUGGUUUAAUUCUCCCUGGUAUCACGAGAAAUUCUAUUUUAGCAUUAGCUAGAGAAUGGAAUCAAUUCAAAGUCAGUGAAAGAAAAUUCUGUAUGGAUGAAAUUUGUCAGUUACUCUCUGAAAAUAGAUUGUUGGAAAUAUUUGGAGCAGGAACAGCUUGCAUAAUUAGUCCUGUAUCUUACAUAGAAUUUGUUGGACGACCAUUGCAUAUACCUACAAUGGAACAUUCAAAUCCUGUUUAUAAAAUGUUUUUAAAACAUUUAUCUGAUAUACAAUAUGGUGUUAUACCAGAUCACCCUUGGACGAUACCUAUUGAAUGA